UAUAAAGUCUUAUAGUGUUUUUACCAUCAGAUUUAUUCAUUUAUUUAUUCUCUCUGCCCAGAUACAAUCAAAUAUGGAAUUGUCAGCACUAGAGAACACUGUAAUGAUGUCUUCCUCAGACCCGUACCACUGUCCCUCUCUUCUGGAGACCUUGACCUGGAUUGAUCAAUUGUUUGUCCACAAAGAACAAAGUUGUGCUGAAGUUUGUGCAGAAGUUUGCUGUGGAAUAAAGUCUAACAAUCGAUAUACUGUGAAGAAUGACUUUGGGGAGAGCAUUUUUACUAUUAUUGAGGACAACGAUUGUUGUAACAGGACUUUCUGUUGUGGAGCACGUUCCUUCAAAAUGAGUGUUUUUAAUGAUUCAAAUCAAGAGAUCAUCAGACUGGUGCGGCCGUUUGUUUGCAUCUGCUGCGGCAUUGAGCUGGAGGUUCAAUCUCCACCGGGUAUUACCAUUGGAUAUGUUCGACAAAACUCUCAAAUUGGCCUGCCUAAUCUCACCAUUGAGAAUGAACGAGGUGAACCGGCAUUUAAGAUCGUGAAACAGUGUGUAGUUACCUGCUGCACCGAUGAAACCUUUGAGCUGGUGUCUCUGAAUGAGGCAGUGGCAGACAGCAAGAUCUUCAAACCCAUCUCUAGCAGUGGUCCAAAUAUAGGUGUGCACUUUGUGGUGAGGUUUCCGAGCAACCUGGAAGUUAAAAUGAAAGCUACUGUACUGGGGGCCUGCAUUCUUAUUGACUGUUUGUAUUAUGAAACGUAGGCCGACUUCAGAAAGAAGACAGAAAAAAGACAAAUGUCUGAUGACUAUUUGCCAAAUUAUCUUCCAAUGAAGGCUGAAGAGAAAAGGAUCAUAGACCAGAAUAUAGCAAAAAAUUGCUAUUUUAAUAUUGCAUCUCUUGCACAAAGAAGAAGAAGAAAAAAAAAACCUUUCACAUGGCAAUUCUGUCAAAGAAGCUGACAAUAUACUAUCUCUUUUCAUCUCUUGUUAUUUGACAAAUGAAACAUUAUCAGUUGUUUCAGUUUGUGGCUCUCUCUUAGGUUGCAUGUGUUAUCUGAAAGGAAAGCAAACACAGACACCUAAAGUUCUUAGUAGGUGCUGGUUAUGUUGAAAACCACCACAACUGACUGGCACUUUGGGUUUCUCGUCAUGGAAAAAAUACAAAGAAAAUGUUCCAAUUUAAAAAUUUAAAAUUAUUCUCUGCUGCCUUGAUGGCUUAAAUUAAUUGCACAGACACGCAGCCUAUAUUUUCCCUUUUUAGACCAUUCACCAAAAUAAAGAUUUUCUUUUGUCAAUUUCUUUAUGCAAUAAACAUCUGGAAUUUCUGUAUUUCAGACCUAACAUUUUGUGCAUGACACUUCCAGUGUCCCAUCAACCCACAGACAUGCUAAUAAACCUGCUUGUUGUCUGAAAUAAUCCACUGCUUAUGUUACAGGCAAUAGAUCAGGGCAGGCAGAUAUAAAUCACAAGUCUAAUACACAGGCAGCAGAGAAUCAUAAUCAUCGAAAAACAAACUGGGUCCGCGGUUUUUCCCAUGCAUGGAAUUGGGCUGCUUUAACACU